GGCGGCGGGCGGCGCGCCCGGGCAAGGGCGUUUGAAGGAAACGUGAGGCGGCGGCGGCGGCGGCAUGGCCGCGGAGCCGGGCCGGGAGGCGCGGCGGGCGCCGAGCCCCGAGCCGCGCGAGAAGCCGCAGGUGCUGGACGGGGAGGCGGCGGGGCCGCCCGCCGGGGCGGCGGCGGCGGAGGCGAUCGUGGCGGAGGGCGAGGAGGCGGGCGCGGCGGCGGGCGCCUUCGUGCGGCGGCAGCUGGGGGCCCUGCUGCAGCCCGCCGUGAACAAGUUCUCGCUGCGCAUGUUCGGCAGCCACAAGGCGGUGGAGAUCGAGCAGCAGCGGGUCAAGUCGGCCGGUUUCUGGAUCAUCCACCCGUACAGCGACUUCAGGUUUUACUGGGACAUCAUCAUGCUGCUCCUCAUGGUGGGGAAUUUGAUCAUCCUGCCUGUGGGCAUCACCUUCUUCAAGGAUGAGAACACCCCUCCCUGGAUCGUUUUUAACGUACUUUCGGACACUUUCUUCCUGGCUGACCUGGUGCUGAACUUCCGGACUGGUAUCGUGGUGGAGGACAACACAGAAAUCAUCCUCGACCCUCACACCAUCAAAAUGAAGUACCUGAAGAGCUGGUUCCUGGUCGACUUCAUCUCCUCCAUCCCUGUUGACUACAUCUUCCUCAUUGUUGACCUGGAGACCCAGGUGGAUUCAGAUGUCUACAAAACGGCCCGGGCCUUGCGCAUCGUCCGCUUCACCAAGAUCCUCAGCCUGCUGCGCCUGCUGCGCCUCUCACGCCUCAUCCGCUACAUCCACCAGUGGGAGGAGAUCUUCCAUAUGACAUAUGACCUGGCCAGCGCUGUGGUGAGGAUCUUCAACCUCAUCGGCAUGAUGCUGCUGCUGUGCCACUGGGACGGCUGCCUCCAGUUCCUGGUGCCCAUGCUGCAAGACUUCCCCAAGGACUGCUGGGUCUCCAUGAGCCACAUGGUGAAUGACUCCUGGGGAAAGCAGUACUCGCACGCCCUGUUCAAGGCCAUGAGCCACAUGCUGUGCAUUGGCUACGGCCAGCAGGCGCCCGAGGGAAUGACCGACGUCUGGCUCACGAUGCUCAGCAUGAUCGUGGGGGCCACCUGCUACGCCAUGUUCAUCGGCCACGCCACUGCCCUCAUCCAGUCGCUGGACUCAUCGCGGCGCCAGUAUCAGGAGAAGUACAAGCAAGUGGAGCAGUACAUGUCCUUCCACAAGCUGCCUGGGGAUACGCGCCAGCGGAUCCAUGAGUACUAUGAGCACCGCUACCAAGGCAAGAUGUUCGACGAGGAGAACAUCCUGGGGGAGCUCAGCGAGCCGCUCAAGGAGGAGAUCAUCAACUUCAACUGCCGCAACCUGGUGGCCAACAUGCCCCUGUUCGCCAAUGCAGACCCCAACUUUGUGACAGCCAUGCUGACCAAGCUGCGCUUUGAGGUCUUCCAGCCUGGGGACUUCAUCAUCCGCGAGGGCACCGUGGGCAAAAAGAUGUACUUCAUCCAGCACGGGGUGGUCAGCAUCCUCACCAAGGGCAACAAGGAGACAAAGCUGUCCGAUGGCUCCUACUUCGGGGAAAUCUGCCUGCUGACGCGGGGCCGGCGGACAGCCAGCGUGCGGGCUGACACCUACUGCCGCCUCUACUCCCUGUCGGUGGACAAUUUCAACGAGGUGCUGGAGGAAUACCCCAUGAUGCGCAGGGCCUUCGAGACCGUGGCCAUGGACCGGCUGGACCGCAUAGGGAAGAAGAACUCCAUCCUGCUACGCAAGCGAGCUGAGCACAGCGCCGGGCCCAUGAACAACGAGAUGAUCCAGCAGAUCGUGAAGCACGACCAGGAUGUGGCCCACAACAUCCAGGACCUGCAGCAGAUGACGAUGGGCCGGGAGCUGAGUGGCAAGCCGGUGAUCUGGGAGCCGCUGGUGCACGCGCCCCUGCAGACGGCCGCCGCCACCACCAACGUGGCCAUUGCCUUGACUCACCAACACAGCCUGCAGGCCCACAUCUUCCUGCCGCCCUCCUCCAUCUCCAGCCCGCUCUCGCCCGAGGCCACGCUGCUGCCCAAGCAGGUGCGCCGGUCCCAGCCCAGCCUGGGGGGCUCCCGGCCCUCCUCCGUCAGCUCCGCCUCGGGGCCACAGUCCCACCUGCAGACGCCUGCGGCCGGCUCACCUUCCUCCCCGAUGCUUCAGUCCCAGGCGGCCCUGGAAAGCGGGGCCCAGCGAGCGCAGCCCCUGCCGCGCGCGGCACCCAAGGGGGAGCCGCUGCCGCCGCCAGCCAAGCAGCCCCUGGCGGGCUCCCAGCCCCAGCUCUCCAAGUCCCGCGGGGCUUCGGUUUCCACCUCGCUGCUGCAGCAGGCGGCGGGGGCUCCGUCGCCUGGCUCAGAGCCGGCGCUGCCCGCUGGGAGAACGCUCCACUACAGCCUGUCCCGGGCCACCGGCUCCCACAUCUCUCUUCUGAUGCAGCCACAGCAGCUGGUGAAGCACAGGAGCAUCCAGGGCCUGCCGGUGGGGCGGCUCACCCAGGACGUCCGGCUCCUCUCGGCCUCCCAGCCCUCCCUGCCCAACAGGGUUUCCCAGCAAGCGGACGGGAGCUCCUUUCAGCAGGGCAGGAAAUCGGCAGGGAACCUGGCCCGCCGCUCCACUCCCUCGGUAGCGGGACUCCUCGCCAAGCCGUGCCCGGGGGCCGCCGGCCCGCCAGCGCGCCCGCAGCAGAUGCCUUCAGGAUCCUCGGCUCAAGCAAGCCGCUCUGCGGCGGCCGCCCCGCCGUCGCCGGUGGCCGCUGCCCGGCAGCCGGCAGCUCCUUCCCGCAAGGGCUCCGUGGCCUUCAGCCCGGAGCUGGAGACGGGGAAGCCCAAGCUCCCGUCCAACAUGUGAGCGGCCCCCGCGCGCAGGUGCGGGUGGGAGCUGGGGGAGGCCGGCGCGCCCUGGGAAGGCCCCGACCCCAUCCGAGGGGAGAGGAGCGGCCGGGCACAGGGAUGGCGGCGCCGGGGGCAUGGCGGGAUGGCGCCGGGCAGCCCACAGCCCGGAUGGAGCUGGAGGGCCCUGAGCCAGGCACCUGCCGCCGCUCUCCGCGUCCCCACCACCUCCCGGGGCCCCGCAGCCGAGGCCGGAGCGCGGCACCAGGGCCGGCCCGAGCGCCCCGGCGUGAUGAGUGCCAAGCGGCGGGGCCCGGCGCGACGCCCCGCGAAAACCCACUGCCAGCCCCCGGCGCUCGUGGCACGCAGCCGCGUCCCCGGGCAGCCACCCCGGUCCCCGAGGGCGCUCUGCUCCCCUCCCCGGACCGCCGAUCAUGGCGCUGCAGCGAGCCGGGGCGCUGCAAGGAGACCCCGAACCCCCCGGAGCCAGUAGUUCGCCGUGUGUGUGUGAGUCGUGGCUCUGCCAAGCAGCUGAGCUCUGCUUACAGUGUUGCUUUGGGCCCAAAUGUGUCCCCAAGUCUGGUUAGAGUAGUGUCCCCUGGCCCGCCGCGCUGUGCAAGCUUCUCCACUCCUGGCGCCGGGCACCGGGGCUCGGCGGCGCGGGGCCCCCUCAUGCCGUCCUCCUUGACGCGAGUUGUUCAGUUCUCCCCGCUGGUGUCUGGGGACGUCGGGGCCAGCCUGCGCCGCGGGGGCCCGGCCCAGCCCACAGGGCACGUCGGUCCGGCAAGAACCCCGCGAGCGCGGCCGCCGGAGGGAACAGCCUGCACUGCCUUUUUCUCAUGGACUUGGACGUCCCCAUCCCCGCCGGCCCCUGCCCUCCCUCCCGUCCCAUCCCCAUGGUCUGUGUCCCGGCAGCUCCUCCGGAAGGGGCUCGCGGCCAGAGUGUGUGGACGCCUCCGCGGCCGGCGCCAGCCCUGGGGUCCCAGCUCCGCGCAGCUCCGCGGCCAGUCACCAAAGACCAUGAUUCUCCACUCUUGCACUCACGGCAGUCGAUGUACAGAGCUUGUAGUUUUCAUAUUGCAGAGAAUUUAAAAGCGUUUUUUUAUUUUUUGGUCGUUGUAUAUAAUGGAUUUAAAUAAUAAAGAGCGAUUCGGAGCUGG